AUGGCAUUGGUCAGCACUUUGGUCACCACUUUGGUCAUGGCAUUGGUCACCACUCUGGUCAUGGCAUUGGUCAUCACGUUGGUCACCACUCUGGUCAUGGCAUUGGUCAACACGUUGGUCAUGGCAUUGGUCAGCACCUUGGUCACCACCUUGGUCAGCACAUUGGUCAGCACCUUGGUCAGCACAUUGGUCACCACUCUGGUCAUGGCAUUGGUCAACACUUUGGGCAGCAUCUUGGUCACCACGUUGGUCAUGACAUUGGUCAACACGUUGGUCACCACUUUGGGCAGCAUCUUGGUCAUGGCAUUGGUCAGCACUUUGGUCAUGUGA